GCAGUGCAGGCUUCUCUGCAGUUCUGGAGGACGACGAGAACCAGCCGCCGCCGGCAAAGCCCGAAGCUGGACGCGUGGCAAAUGCAGGAGCUUUGCCCGGAGGCAAAACCAGCGUCAUUUCUGCGUUGGACGAAAUCCAGGAGAGGCUUGCAGCCAGGGAGAAGGCCUUGCACGAGGCCAAGAUCUCCCUCACCAAGGAUCCCAGCACGAAUGCUCCCGGCGAGCCUCAAGCAGCGGCAGCGACCAAGGGCCAGCAGGGCCCGCCGUCCUUGGCCGAGUUAGAGCGCGACUUCGGAGCGUAUGCUCGAUCGGUUGGCUUCAAAGGCGACGUCAAUCAACUCUGGGAAGAGGCUCAGGCGGUGGCAGCAGCCACUUCACUCGGCCAAGAGGUUGGAGACUCCGCCUUGAAGAAGGUUCGCGAUGCCCUAUCACGCAGAGAAGCUCCUGUUGCUGCUGACAUUCAGCUUCGGCCAUUGCCCGAGGGAGCAGCAGUGUCGAGUCCUCCUCGCCGGGGGGUCCCAUGGAAACCCAAUGGAGACCACACUCCAAAUGCAGGUGUGCACAAGGAGAUCGGUGGUGAGAAGAACGGACAUCUGUCUGGUGGCCGCCAUGGUGGUGCGCUGCCAUUGGCCGCGCAGGAAUGUUUCCAGCAGGCGGAGGCACUCUGUCAGCGCCAACGUUUUUCUGAGGCAGUGCCGCUAUUCCGGCGAACACUGGAGGUUCUGCAGGAGUCGGGACUCGGCUUGCCGGGUACCAGUGGCGCGGUGAUCACGGCCGAGGUGUGGGCACAUCUGGGUGUCGCCAUGCAGUCCUUGGACCAAGUCCCGGAAGCCAUCGAGAGCUACAAGCGAGCUGUGUCGCUGGAUCCAGCUCUUCACGUCUGUUUCGCCAAUCUUGCAACACUCCAUGCGUACCUCAAUGACUCAAAGAAAGCGUUGGAGUACAUUGGGAAUGCCAUCGAGCUCGAUCCGGAAAACCGGACUUACACGCAGCUCAGGUACCAGUUCUUGGACUGCCAGUCUCAGGAAACCUCCGAGGUAGACAAAGAGGCCCUCGAGGAUUCAAGUGCCUCGAAGCACGCCCUAAGCGAGGCAGAAGAAG